UCUCUUUCUCUCUAAAAAACCGGUUCCUUACUCUCUAAGAUAAUAUUUUCCACAUGGUAUCAUCGCCAGAGUCCACCUAUGUUGAUCUCCCGCUUCCAUGUUCUUGAUUUUCUUUCACUUUCUCUCUUGCCAAACAAGUCUUUCUCUAAUUUUCUUUAUGAUUUUCUAUGAGAUUCCACUAUGGCUUAGCGAUGAACUCAUCCAAUUCUCCUUCUCCUGCGAAUUCUUCAGCCUUUGCUCCUCACGUUGAAGUCUCUAAUCCUCUCAUUGAUUCGAUCGCUUCUGUGACUGUUCAUAAUAUAGCUAUUAGAAUGGAUGAUUCCAUGUCUCUGUGGCUCUCAUUGGAAAAACGAUUUGCCGAUGCUUCUCGCAUACACAUUCAUAGUCUUUGUGUUAAGAUUCAGAUGAUCCAAAAAGGUGAUUCUUCGAUGAUUGAUUAUCUCAAUUCCAUUACAGAAAUUUCUGACAAAUUGGCUACUACAGGUGAACCAAUUUCUGAGUAUGAUCUAGUAGCUUAUAUUAUUUAUGGUAUUCCUGAUGCUUAUGAAUCAUUUGUUGAUUCUACUGAAACAAGAAAUGAAUCUGUUACUUCUGAUGAACUUCAUGGUUUACUUUUGAGCAAGGAAAUUUCCCUUCAAAAGCGUAAAACAAGAUUGACUGUUCCAAUUCGUCUACCCCAUUUCAUGCUUAUGCUGCUCAAUCUUUAAAUAAUUCUUGUUCUACUUCUGGUCAUAACUUUGAAUUCCGAGGGAAUUAUCGAGGACGAAAUCAGAAUCGCAACAAAUUCAAUCAAAAUCGCAAUUUUGGGGGAAAUCGCUCUAAUAAUCAAACUGCUGGAAUUCUUGGUAAUGGUCCAUCUCGAUCUGGUGGAUUUCAGUUUGGUCAAUCUUCCUUCUAUUCUGGGAAAUCAAUUCCAUGUCAUCUUUGUAAUCAGCGUUAGGUAACAAAGUAGUUGUGAUUAACUGCAUAAUAACAUGAUCAUGCAUUUUCCAAACCUUGUAAUCAUCAGUCUUAAGAUUAUUAGAGGGACUAGCAGAGUCAAUCCCUGAUUCACCAGGAAAAAAAAAAGAGGGAGAAACGAGGAGGACAUGAGUUUAUACCAUCAACAUGACCCUCUAAUAACAACUUUAUUUCAAAAUUCCAAUUCAGAUAGUUGGAUUCAUCCAAUUUGACAUUCACAGAAGUUGAAACAGUUGAAAUUUAAUUAGUGAUUAGGGACUGUAAAGUUUGUAGUUGAGAAGCAGUUACCAUUUUUUGUUGAAGAAAAGUAGAUGAAAGCACAAAUCUUGAAUUAGGAAAUUGAGCAAACACAUGGGGUGCAACCGAAGAGAAAAUGAAGCAAACGAAGAUUCAAGAAUCACAUAAACCCUAAAUUCUUCUAUUUUGGUAGAAAGACAUUCAACAAUCAAGAUGAAGUCCAAUCAAUAAUCCUCAGUGUAGAAGUCAAAGAGAUUGUAGCGGAAGCAGAUGAUGGAUCAAAGAUUGUAGCGUAAGCAUAAGAGGCAAUGGAUACCAUGUCAACCAAAAUUGAGCUGAGGAAACAGAUAAAAUGCAGAGAAAGAUAACCGUCAAGAGAAGAUGAGGGAAAUUUAGAAUUGAAACUUGUAUUUUCUUAAUGAAGAAGUACAUGAAUGAGUAUUUAUAGUGUUGUAGAGCACUCUAACUAACAAGACAAACAAACUAUGUAAUCUCAGUACAAGUGGCAAUAUCAUAGCCAUUCAUUCUUAUUACUCUAAUAAGAACUACAACAAUAGUUUGA